UCUGAACGACUUUUCAUCUCACAGUGAAGCUCUGCACGGCCGUUAGUGAACUUACUUCAACUAUGGUUCUUACAGUUGCGAUCCGCCACAAAACGAUCAUUUCACACAUAGAAGCAUGUAGAUCUCCAGCUAGCUGCUUCUCUACCCUCAGCAUUUCUAUCUAAACUCAAAAUGUGUAGUCUACAUCAACUCUGGCCCACUUCUGAUCUCACACUUGAAUACACAAACCGCUUUUCUUAUGUGCCAAUCAUUAGAUUAUACGAUCAUUACAACAAUCCAUUAAUUUGAAUGACGUCAUAGCCACGAAAAUGGACUAUAAGCGAGGACCUUGCACCAUAAUUACGUACCCCUGGUUAUGAUAUUCACUUGUUAAUAAUUAUGUUGAAAUUGCAAUGCAGAUGGAACAAACGUUCAACAAAUCCUCAUGUUCACUACCAGUAAACAAGCGAUUUGACGGUGACCUGCAUAUGACCAGAGAUGGAACUGUCAACAAGAAGAGUGAAACCAAGUGGAAAAUGGAUCGCAAGAGAGAUAGACUUGUACUGGUGGAGACAGGCACCUCUUGGUUUAACUCUCCUCACCUCCGUGGAAACGGGAAAGGAGUCAAUGCAUUCCGUAUCUCACAAGCCAAUGCUAUGAAACCGAAAGCCAUGAAAGGGAAGCAGCAACCUGACUAUCCUCCCAUUGUUCCUAAACAAGCAUUUGGAGUAGACCAGCAACAAAAGCAUACUAGGCCCUGCUCAGCGAGACUACACACACUGGCAGCUCUACCUACGGGUUCCUUUACCGUGACAAAGGACAAUGAUAAUCACCAAAACACUAUUGAGUAUCCUCUGACAUCAGAAAGUACUGACACAAUAAUUCCUAGAGAACACAGUGAAGAAAGUGAAGAAACAAGUAGGCGAAAAAUGAAUGCCAGCAAGUACGGAGAAAUCUUAAUUGAGUAUGGGUAUGAGCUACUUUUGAUGAAGAGCUACUAUGAACUGUUGGACAAAAAGCACUCACAAACCUUGUUGGCAAUGAACAUUGCUCAGAAAACCAAUGAACGAGUUGGAAAUAAACAAUAUUUGCUAGACGAUCUCUAUGAUAGAGUAGACAAUGAUCAAGACAUGCUCGACAAACUAGAAACAAGUAUGGCCCAGAGGCAGCGCAUACUGGAUCAUAUCAAGAAUUUACAGAAGCAUAGCGAGUUCAACGAACUCCCAAUGGAAGAGAACCCUGCAGCUGAGGGGUUCCAUCCCAGAGUAUUCAGGUUUCCUCAUGAGAUUGACGACGAAGAGCCUAGUGUCACGAUUGAUGAAUUGACUGAGGCUGAGAGACAGAGAGAAUCAGAGGAGGAGAAACUGAAGGAUGAAAAACGAAGAGAGAAUACAGAAGCAUACCACCGCAUCUUUCUCUUUCAGAGAGAGAAGAAGAUUCAACUGACAACAUUGGUUGAUGAGAUGGCCAGAAAACAAGCUUCUAAGCAAUACAGGAUUGAAGAGAUGGAUAGAGUAAAGAGAGACCUCACACUAAAGCAAAAAAUUCACCUACGAAGUUUGAAAAACAGUUCGAAGAAAUUGGAAAAGAAGCUGGCUAAAAAGAAAAAUCAGCUGACCUACAGAGUAGAGACAAUGAAGAAGCUGGUAGAGCUUAAGAAUGAGAGCGAAACCAAUCCUGAUCCCAUGUUUACAAAUCCUUGUUUGUUAGACUUUGAACCAACAAAAGACCAGGCCAAAAACCUCCAAGACACAUAUGCUGACCGUCCAACAACUCGCUCACUCCGGCAGCGACUCAACCCUAAGUUUGUGAUAGCUAAAUUGCAAAAAAAAUUUAGUAAGAAACCAACAAAUGACAGACCUCUUGGAGCUCACCAUGGGCGUAGAACAGAGAAUAUGCAAGACAAUAAUAUUCCACGUGAAAUUAAGGACUUUCACUCUGAUUCAGAGGAGGAAGUGAGACCCGCACAAACUCAAGACAGUCAAAAUAACGGGCUAAUUCAUGAUCAAGAGCCACUCAAAAAUCAAAGUAGCAUUGAAAGUCUGGUCUCAGUUUGCAGUACUUUUCUGGAUGGAAUCCCUGGGGUAAGUGAUUGGGCAUCAGGAACUCCAGUAAGUCAGCCAAGGGAACUCUCAGAAUCCUUUGAAGAACCAGAGUACUUACCUGCAAGACUGAUAACGGUUCGACCAAGAAGACGAGAUCCAGCUGUUGAUCCUUUUCCAGAGCCGAUAUCUGGUGCAGCACAAGAGAAGUGGCUGGAGAAAUGCGUCAAAGAGAUACUCCAGAGUGAGACCGAGCCCCAAAAGGAUUGCAAGAUAACAGCAAAGUCAACCAAUUUGACAGCGAACAAUUCUGAGUUAGCACAGAAGAAGCAAGCUAAUCGCAAACCAUUCAAGUCAACUUUUUUCCCACUAACAAAUUGUGACGAGCGUAUGACUGAAUUAGACCAGAUCCUUGAAGAGCUGAGGGAUACUGAGCCACAUAUGCAAGCAACUGUGAUGGCAAACAAGCCGAAAGCCAAGAAGAGUGCAUCUGAAAUUAAAAUAGAGAUGGACCGAUUGCUCGAUGUUGAGAGCGAUUUGGAGUUUGAACAGCUGCUUGAGUUGCUUUGAUUUCUCACACCCCCAAAAUAUUCACGUACAUGUAAUCGGAUAAAUUAAUUGUCUCUUCACUAUUUCGGCCUUCGUUCUGUCAGGACCAGUACCAAAAAGAGUCGAAAUAAAAUUCAGGAGUUUCUUGAAGUUUGGAUUCAUGGAGUAUAAUUAAAAAUUAAAGCACGUACACGUACACUCACUCUCAUCAUAAAAAUUAUCACUCUUCGUUCUGUCCGGUGCCUUAUACUCGUUGAAACAGUCGAAUUAAAAUUCAUACUCGUAUCAUGGAGUAAAUUAAAGCACGUGCACGUACACUUGUCACCCUUUGCUCUGUCAGGUAUACCUUAUCUGAGUUGAAUUAAAAUUCAGGAGUUUCUUGAAGUUUGUACUCAUGGAGUAACUUAAAGCAUGUGCACUGACUCACAUCAUAUUGUCACCCUUCAUUCUGUCAGGUACCUUACUUGUUGAAAGAGCCGAAUUAAGUUCAGGAGUUUCUUGAAGUUUGGAUUCAUGGAGUAUAACUUAAAGCACGCACGUACACUGAAUCACAUCAUAAAAAUUAUCACCCUUCGUUCUGUCAGGUACCUUACUUGUUGAAAGAGUCGAUUUAAAAUUCAGGAGUUUCUUGAAGUUUGGACUCAUAAAGCACAUGUACGUACACUGACUCGAGCACAUCAUAAAUAAAUAUUGUCGCUGAAUAUCCCUUCACAAGCUAUAUAGAAUCAUCUCACAAACUCGCGAUCGAAAAAAUAUCUCCAUCGUACAAUCUCAUUCAGUACAAUUGUGGCAUGCUCUGUGAAAUGGAAUAACCAUAGUAGCAAUUGAGCUCACGCCAGAACUGCAUUAGUGUCCCAGCCUGGAAUAACCUUGGUGAAUGGACAAAUGAUUGUUUUUGCGUCAAGAGGUUGAUUGACUGCUUUUUUUAGCUAUAGUUGUGUAUUGAUUUUAUGUUUUAAAAUGCACUGUGACUCUUCUUUGCAAAGUUUUCAAUAAUUAUAAUGCAUGCACGCCUGGCCUGCAU